AUGUCCUACUACCGCUGCUAUGGAAACUUCUCCUCCCGCUCCCUUGGGGACCACCUGCGCUACUCAGGCUCCUCCUGGGGCUCUUCCUACCCCAGCAACCUGGUCUACAGCACUGACCGCUGCUCUCCCAGCUCCUGCCGUCUGGGCUCCUCUCUCCAGAGUGGCUGCUAUAAGCCCAUCAGGUGCCUUACAUCCUGUGUUCUAACCAGUCCCUGCCAGACAUCCUGCUACCGCCCAAGGACCACCAAGCGCUACAGUCCUUGCUGGACAACUUAUGCUGGGUCUCUGGGCUCUCGGUCCAGCAGAGGUUGCUCCCUGGGCUAUGGAUCCAGAAGCUGCUACACACUGGGCUUUGGAUCCCAUGGCUUCAGACCCCUGGGUUAUGAAGCCUAUGCCUUCCCUUCGCUGCGCCAUAGAUCUGGGUUCUGCCUUCCAUCCUACUUUGCCUCUAGGAGUUGCCAAUCACUGUGUUAA